UCAGUACAGCCUCGGUCUGGCUUGGAAACUGUUUCGGCAUUUUGAGUCUCUGUGUUUGUGUAUUCUGUUUUGGAUAUUAUUGGUGCAAUUGUUGGACAAAAUGACUUGCUGUGGUAUUAAUUGCACUAAUAGAGCGUCCAAGGAGUCUCCACUUCAUUUUUUUCGGGAAGGACCUGAUUGGUGUCCAGAACCUGCUGAAGAAGCACCAGGCUCUGCAGGCUGAGAUCACAGUUCAUGAACCUCGCAUCAAGGCUGUCACCCAGAAAGCAGAGACCAUGGUGGAGGAGGGUAGAGCAGGUCUGGUCCUGACAUGUUUCUGAGGUGUCUGCAGGUUCUGGCUCACUUUUUUUGGGUCCAGGUCACUUCGCUGGUGAGGAAGUGAAGACUAAACUGUGGGAGCUUCAUGGACGUUGGGACACGCUGAAGGCCAAGGCGUCCCAGAGGAGGCAGGAUCUGGAGUACUCUCUGCAGGCUGAAAAUAUAUGUAACUCUCAUAUAAGCUCUUUUAUUAUUCAUUCUUACAUGCUACUCUUUUUAUGGGAUCAUGUUAUACUGUCCUGCACAAGCUCUUAAAACAGCUGCAGGAACUCCAAAAGGGAGAUGUUUCUGCUCAUCUUCUAAUUACAAGUUCUUGUGACAUGUUAGAUCCUGCCUAACAAGGCAAUAUAUAUAUAUAUAUUUACUUUAAAAGCUCAUUUUAUUAUUCUAUGCUAUGGAAACUCGCUCAGAUACUCACGGCCUCCACACAAAGAUUAAUAGCGGUGUAUCUUUUCCUGCACCAGAGAAAGGAGUGUGCACAUUCCAUCUACACUCAGUGCCUCUCCGCACCGUGAAUGUAUCUUCUCCUGUCAUGAAUGUAUCACGAUGUUCCUGGUACUUUCAAGGAUAAAUGUUCUAGACUGUCCGCUAACAAGGCUGUUAUUUUCACCUGUCAUAAUCAUUGACGUAUGUACAUGGCAAACUGCGUAUGUAACAUUCCUGUAAUCUUCAAUAAAAAUCAGCCGUUUUCAGCGGAGCGGCGAGAGUCUGUCCGAAGCAUCUGGCAAGAGCAGGUCGCGGGACUUGCUGCAGAGACUCUCCCCCUCAUGAGCGGUGAAACAGUGAAUGGACUUCUGAUCAUUUGUCUCCUCGUUCUGUCAACUUAAAAGGUGUUUAACUCCAUCUACUCCGUACCCGUGCUUGGUCUAACGGAAGAGAGACCAACAAAUUUGGCGUCACGAACAGGAUUUUUUCUUUUGAAGAAAAAGGAGUUUUUUGGAGGACGAUUCGACCCACUGACCCAGCGAACAGAUCUUGGCACAAAAACACCGCGGUGAAAAACUAAGGUAAGCAGGCCUUAUUUCCUAAAAUCUGCUCAUUGGAUUUAUCCAAAGCAUUUGUGUCCAGAAUCACAGUAGCUGAGGUCCUAAAAUAAUAGUUGGAGAAGAAAGUGGAGACAAGUGCAGGAGAAUAAGAGAUUUUUUUUGUAAUGGUUUAAUGGUGAAAUGAAAUGAGGAUUUUUUGUAAUGGUUUAAUGAGUAAAUGAGAAAAGGAAAUAGUACAGAUGAAGGGAUGGUGACCCAGGGCUGAGGAGCCCUAAAGUUCCAUUUCCAGGUCGUGGCUGACCACACUAUUUGCUGACGAGCGGAUAGAAUAUAUAACGAGGUUAUAUAAAGCUUGGCUGGAUCCAUAGGUGUGGGAACCCUAAAAGUCCACAGGUCAAGGACCUGGUUUUUUGUGUUAAGGGAAGGGGAGGCUAAAGAGAGCUCCCUGGAUUUUAAGGUCAAGGACCUGGUUUUUUGUGUUAAGGGAAGGGGAGGCUAAAGAGAGCUCCCUGGAUUUUAAGGUCAAGGACCUGGUUUUUGUGUUAAGGGAAGGGGAGGCUAAAGAGAGCUCCCUGGAUUUUAAGGUCGAGGACCUUUUGCAUGAAAUGAGAAAAAUGUUCUGAGGUAACUGUUUUUGCAUAAGAUGAUAAAUGUUUUGACUGCUUCUGUGUGAAGAGAGCAGUGCUUUUGGCUAUUUCUGCGUGCUUUGGCUGUGUCUGCGUAAAUGAGCAAUGUUUUUUGGCUGUUUCUGCAUGAAAUGAGCAAUGUGGUUAUGAAACUGUAUUUUUGACACAAAACACACACUAUAGUUAGAAAACACGCUGUAUGAAUGUCAAGUCUCAAUCAGCUUUGUCGGUAAAACAGAUGGAGCUGACUGAUUAACUUGAAUUACAUAAUAAAAGAGACAGAAUAAACUCCAAAUGAGAGUAAAUAAGUCUCUUUAGGCUUAGCAACAUAUCAUCUGCACUUACAGAGCAGAUAGUAAAGAAUAAGUGUAAAAGCACAUAGAUUUGUUCAUAUCACAACUAAUAGAGAUUAGUUGAAUAAGCGGAAAUCAUCACACGCUCCGCAGUUAAAAGAUGGGUAAUGAAUGAAUGAACUGUACUAACAAAUUGUAUGUGUAAGUGAGAGAAAUACAGCGCGCCCUCGUGGAUGCUCUAGGCAAGAUUUCCUCACCUGAAACACAGGUAGAAGAAGGAAAUACCACAGAGGUCAUUGGCGCUGUCUCACUAAUCAAUACUGACGAGUUAGAGCCCCCUAUGGGCUAAACCCCUUGUCAGUCCAGAUUGUCACCAAAAAUCAGCAACAUACAACAUACUAACAGAAUGAUGGAAAAAGAACAUGUUUGUGAAACGGAGGAUGAUGGAUGGGGGUCUGAUGACAUUCUGAGUACACUAGGAGAACAAUUAGCUUGUAUGGAAACUGUGAUAAAUUUGACAAGCAGCCCGGUUGAAGCUACGAGAAAUAAGGAUUUAUUGAGAAAGUCAGCAGAAAAGGCGAUGAAGGAAAAAGGAACAGAUGUUAACAGCAGAGGAAAUUGGAGCAGGAUUUGGGAAAUAAAAGCUGCAGAAGCGAGAGAGAAAAGGCAGAAGGCUGAAGAGACUCUGAGGGAAGCUGGAAUGUUGAUGAGGAAGAAAGCAAAAAGUGAGGUUGACAGGCAGGCAGCCCGUGUGAGUAAGUACAUGCAAUGGAUAAUGUUAUGGAACACCGCCAGACCUCAUAUGAAGCGCGUAAAAAAGGAGCAUCCACCUCCUUACUCUUCUACUGCUCCGACAGCUGGAAUGUAUCCAUUAAUUAAAGUCACAAGCGGUACUUUGGACAUUCAGCCUGAAGUCCCACUUGAUAAUGAGAGCGAGUGGUCAAGUGUAACUAUGACCUCAGGAUCAGACGUUAAAGUCAGUCCAACAGCCCCUGAGACACACAAUUCUUAUCUGAGAAGCAAUGAAACAUUAAACAGCAUUCCGUCUGCGAGCAACCCAGCUGCGCCGUUCGAACUGAGAGCUAAGCGUCAGGAAAUAGAUAACUCACAGAAACAGUUCACUACUCCCUACUUCAGUCAGGGCCUGGAUGCUCCUGAUUACAACAUGGGUAUGAGCUUCCAUGCUCCCCCUCCAGCGCCUUGGGCAAACUGCCCACCAGUGUGGCCCAUAGCACAAGAACAAAAGCAAACACCAAUUUUUUCUUCCUCUCAGCUAAAAGGUGAAGAGCAGGAAGACCCUAAUAAAAGUGUAGUGGUUAAAAUGGUUCUGGUGGGACAUGAAUCAUCUGAUCCCCCUCCAGCAGCCAGUCAGAGUCAUAAAUCUCUCCUAGAGGAAGAAUGGCCAGAGCCGCCCAAUAAGGAAGAGUUUGGGGGAGAAGGGGAUCAGCUUUCCCUCCCUCCAUCCCCAGAGCCAGAAAGAAGACACACUAGGUCCAUGGGACCACCCACUUACCAAUUACCCCUGGUGCAGAAUAAACCCAACGCCCAGAAAGUCUAUCAGCCGUAUUCCCUUGGUGACAUACAGGCUUUAAUAGAUAAAUUACCAGACAUACAGGAGGGUGGAAACACUUGGCUUUCAGACUUUGACACCCUCACUGCUGGACAGGAUCUUGCAUUGGGAGACUUCAGAGCGGCAAUCACUAGAUGCACGUCACGCUCACAGGCAGAGGCCUUAGAAAAGGAUGCUGGCACAACUCGUGAUCCUAAUUCUGUACCACUCGGUAGAGUGAUAGCCCAAUUAGGCCCAGCUGUCAGAAAGAUGUUUCCGCUGAAAGAUAGCAGCUCAAUGUGCAAAUUUAAAUGGGAUGCUAAACAAAACCCUUCAAUUUACCUGAACCAAGCCAUUGACACCUGGGUGGCCCAAACUGGCCAACACCCAUCCAAACGGGGCACGAGCAGCAUGUGGUUUAAAAAUGCAGUCCUGAAAGGAGUCCCUGAUUCGGUGACUCAGAAGAUGGAAGAUAACCCUGAUUUGCAGGAUUGUGAUUUUAGCAAAUGGAAAAAACAUCUUAUUUUUAACCUUAAUAAAAUGCAGGUAAAGGAAGAAAAAGACUCUGAUAACUUAGAAGAUUUACAAAAACAAUUGCUCAGGGUCCAAUUACAAGCUGCAAAAAAGACUUUAGGUGAAAAGGGGGACAAGGUUAAGAAACAAAUGGUUGCGUCCACAGCCACACCCCCACCACAGCAGACACUUCCUGAUCAGGUUUCACCUAUAGCUUGGCAGCCGCAGCCACCAUAUUCAGGGCAGCCACAGCAACAGCCACAAUAUUCAGGCCCAUAUGUAAACACACCCAACCCAUAUGCUCCCCAGCGACCACCUUUUGCUGGUCGAACCAGAGGCGGUUUCAGGGGAAGGGGACAGUGGAGGCCAGUAGGCAGCAAAGGGGGACCACGUGCACAAGACAUUUGCUUUAACUGUGGUCAACCUGGACAUUGGUACAGGAACUGCCCCUUGCCAUACAGCCCACAGAAGGAAGGUCGAGGCAGAGGCACCUUUUCAGGACAAGGAGGGCCUACCGGACCCCACACCCAGAUGCCAAUGAUGGGCUGGGAACAGUGGGAGGGUGGUCCAAGACAAUAG